AGUUGUUCAGGUCCAGUUUCAGCAUCAUUAAAGAUGACCUGAAUAAAGUCUGACAUACAGAACAUUUUGUUUGCUGGACUCGUUUUACAAUAUUUAAUUUGUCAAGAGAUCAGCUUUGGACUGAAGACGUCAAGAGUUCUGAAUUUGGACGCAGCUUUAGAAGGUACCUUUCCUUCCCUUAAAUUGUUGUUCUUGGCAACUUAAAUCUAGCCUUAAAUUUCAACCACAGUUGAGAUAGCUGGGAUAAGAUUCAACCUCAAUGACGACAUGGCUAGGUUGAAUUGGUCACAGAGGCCUCAUGAAGUAUCACGGUUUGCUAUAUUGGAAAUGCUUCCAAUGAGAUAUGCCUCAGCUGUUUGAGAGUGGGCGGAUUAUCCAGGGGAGCGGGUGAGUGGGAGGUAAGAAAGCCGGACAGAGACAGGGUUAUUGCAUUUCCAGCAAUGUUCCAGAAUAAAGCCCCCAUAGCUCUAAAGCAAGCAAGCACUCUAAAAAUAACCCUCCAGUUGGAGCUCAGUUGAAGGGUCAUGACAGCUGAGAAAGCGAGCCGUCCCAGGAUUCAGCCGGUGAGCAGGGUCGCUGUUCAUCUAAAGCCACUCUGGACUGGAAAGCCAAAUUCUGUGCAAUAAAGAGGAUCUGAUUCUACUUUAUCUGUGUCAUCUUAAAGACUUCUCAGAUGGCUGUGCCUAUAAAUCCCAUGGAUGAGCCCAGGGUGUACCAGCAGACUCUCCUCCAGGAUGGCCUGUAUGAUUUGCUGGAGAACGACAAGCUGGUGGACUGUGUCCUGAAGAUCAAAGACAAGGAGUUUCCUUGUCACCGCCUGGUGCUGUGUGCCUGCAGCUCAUACUUCCGGUCCAUUUUUUUGUCUGACCUGGAUGAAAGCAAAAAGAGAGAAAUCGUGCUGGAGGACGUUGAGCCCGGUGUCAUCGGUCUGAUCCUCAAGUACCUGUACACCUCCAAGAUCAAUGUCACAGAGCAGAACGUCCAGGACAUCUUUGCCGUUGCCAACAUGUACCAGAUUCCUUCAAUUUUCACUGUUUGCGUGUCUUUCUUACAAAAGCGCCUCAGCCUCAGCAAUUGCCUGGCUAUCUUCAGGCUCGGUUUGAUGCUGGACUGCCCCAGGCUGGCUGUCUCCGCCCGGAACUAUGCCUGCGAGCGUUUCCAGCUCAUCUCCAAAGACGAAGACUUCCUCCAGCUUAACGCGACCGAGGUGGCAGCCAUUUUGACGAAUGACAACUUGAACGUGGAGACGGAGGAGGUUGUUUUCGAGGCUCUGAUGCGAUGGGUGUGCCGGGACACCGAGAGCAGAGAGAAAGAACUCCCAGAUUUGCUGGACUGCGUUCGUUUGCGUCUUGUCACAGACGAUUACCUGAAAGAAAAGGUGGAGAAACACCAACUCAUCUCUGCUAAUCCAGAGCUUCAUCUGAAGCUGAAGCUGGUCAAGGACGCUCGAGGAGGGAAAAUGCCGGAGAUUAAAAAAAGCAAAAAGGAAGAGGGAGGGGCAGCGAAAGAUGGAGAAACUGAAGACAAAGAGGAUGAAGAAAAUCUUCUACCGGCUAUUCUAAAUGACAACCUGCGAUUUGGGAUGUUUGUCAAGGACCUAAUACUGAUGGUGAACGACACUGACACUGUGGGGUACGACCCGUCAGGCAACGACUGCUUCAUGGCGUCGGUUUCCACGCAAGUUCCCAAGAACCAUGUCAGCCUGGUCACCAAGGAGAACCAGAUCUUUGUGAUUGGAGGAUUAUUUGUUGAUGAAGAGAACAAGGAGGACCCUCUGUGCUCCUAUUUCCUGCAGUAUGACCCUGUCAGUACCGACUGGCUCGGGAUGCCUCCCCUCCCGACUCCAAGGUUCUUGUUUGGGAUGGCCGAAGGUGAGAACUCCAUCUUCGUUCUGGGAGGGAAGGAACUGAAAGACAAGGAGGGCACACUGGACACGGUUUUGGUCUAUGACAGGCAAUCAUUCAAAUGGGGUGAGUCCGAGUCAAUUCCUUACCCAGUUUAUGGACAUUCAGCCGUAUCACACAAAGAUGUUGUGUAUGUGAUAGGAGGAAAGGGAGACAACAAGAACUGCCUGAAGAGGAUGUGUUCAUAUGAUGUCAAGAGGUUUGAAUGGAAAGAGCUUGCUCCAAUGAAGACGGCACGCUCCUUAUUCGGAGCCACUCUUCAUCAAGACAAAAUAUAUGUAGCAGGAGGCGUGACCGACGACGGCCUGACAGACACAGUGGAGGUGUACGACAUCGCUACCAAUACGUGGUCAGAUUUCGAGCCAUUUCCUCAGGAGCGAAGCUCUCCAAGUCUUGUCUCUUUGGCUGGUUCUCUCUACGCUGUGGGAGGUUUUGCCAUGAUGCCUUUAGAAGACAGUGAUGAAAUCCUUCCCAAAGAGACGAAUGACAUUUGGAGGUAUAAUGAGACGGAGAGGAAGUGGAACGGGAUUCUCAGAGAAAUUCAGUAUGCCUCUGGGGCCACAGUACUGGGGGUCCGCUUGAACACCCUGCGUCUCACCAAGAUGUGAAGCUCUGCACACUUCCUGUAUCUCAAUGGAAAUUGACUUGGAAAUAAUUGCACCAUUUUUACACUUUUCCAGGGCACAUUAAUUAUCAAAGACAUUAGGAUUUAAUGAAAGAUUGGUAAUAACAUGUUCAUUUGAUUUUCACACAGAGUUGGGGCUUUUCUAAUUAGCACUGUGGUAUAAAAAUGAUUUUUUUUUUCUGCAAUAAAAUUUUUGUAUGCGUUUCUGCAAGUAAUGGACGGUGAUUUGAACAUUUAUAUCUACAGAAUCUACAUUGUUUCACUGAACUGAAUAAAAUUAUGAAACCAAGCUAAAGCCUUCUUUUACACAUAUGUUUACUGCCCAAUAGAGGGCAGCAAAGUCAAAAUCCCUGCUUCUUUCAACAAGCUAUAAAACACAAUGCACAAACAGAAGAGUAUGCAUAGAAACAAACACAAGACAUGCAGAUAAUAUCUAUAUUGUUUAAUAUUGAAAUGAUUUCAUAAUGCUCUAUUGUGUUACAGACAGUUAACACUUGUCAAUAUUACAAUAAAAAGAACAAAAAAAUACACCCUACUGUCUUUAGCACCUCUAGACUCUAAUGUCCUUGUACUGUUUUUGUGUUAUUAUAGCUGAAUGGGACAACUACUGUCUACACAUGGGUUGUGAAUACCAGAAUCACCCAAUACAUAUUGUACUGUUACCAUUAUAGAGCAGAGAAUCAGCGAUUAAUAAUACAUUUCAUGAUUUCUCAAUGCUGUGGUAGCAAUAAGUGCUGGAAAUACACUUGAAGGUAUAUAUAGAUUUAAAUAUGGUGGUAUUGGCUGAGGGGCAAUGAGGGGUUUGGAUGAGAUAUACAAUCUUAAAGCAGCUAAUCAAAGGUUCUCAUUUUU